AUGUCAGCCGUCCGGUGCCGACUUGAAACCAGGGAGCUGUGGGAAAAAUUUCACGAGCUUGGAACAGAAAUGAUCAUUACGAAAACGGGCAGGCGGAUGUUCCCUACCGUCCGUGUUUCCUUCAGUGGAGUAGCCGCAGAGGCCCGCUACGUUGUCAUGUUGGAUAUAGUUCCCCUUGAUAACAAACGCUACAGGUACGCCUACCACCGUUCGUCUUGGUUGGUAGCUGGCAAGGCCGACCCUCCUUUGCCUCCACGCCUUUACGUACACCCUGACUCACCGUUCACUGGCGACCAGCUGCAAAGGCAGAUGGUGUCUUUCGAGAAAGUCAAGCUCACCAACAACGAGCAGGAUCAACAUGGUCACAUCAUUCUCAACUCGAUGCACAGAUACCAGCCUCGGGUGCACAUCGCUAGGAAGGCGGACGCCCACGCCGGCGCAAUGGCGCCCUCACUGACGUCACUGAGCAGCAGCGAGCUCAGGAGCUAUGAGUUUGCCGAGACGGCCUUUACAGCGGUCACCGCCUACCAGAACCAGCUGAUCACUCGACUGAAGAUUGACAGCAAUCCCUUCGCCAAAGGCUUCAGAGAUUCAUCCAGAUUAUCCGAUUUUGAAAGCAGAGAGCGAGUGGAGACGCUAAUACAAGAACACACGUAUGCGCGCUCGCCAAUCAGGCCACAUGAGGGCGGCACACUCAACGGAACGGACGGUAGCGCAAGAUAUGGCCUAUCCUGUGGUGGUGCCGUGAUGCCGCACAAUUUCCAGGAAUGCACUGACGCUGGAAAAGGCCUCUUAUCCUUUGCUGAACAGUUCCCUUUAACGGAAGAGUUCUCAAGGAGAGUCAGCGCAUGGAGGGGAGUUCCUUUACUGCCCAUUUCACCCAGUGGCCUCUCAUUCUACCCUAUGUAUUCAAUGGUAUCGUCUUCAGAGCAAGAUAAAACCAGCUUCGAUUUGCGGUCCGUGAGACGUUCUAUCCAGGAGGACGAGUGGUUUCCGGUGUCCCAUGCAUUCAGGGAGUCUCAUCGUUACCACAAGCAUCUGGCUCAGGGCCCUUAUGCUUCCAUCAAAACGACUAGAAGUGCGUCUACAUUAUUUGCUCCGCCCUCUCUUGUCCGUUGAUAGCUGAUCACAACUCCCAAACAGCGUGUUUGAUUACUUAUCCGUGGUGUGGUCACCGUGUAGAAAGGCACAUGUAGAGCCCGAACGAACUUGGUUAUUUGAGGUGUUACUCCAGGGCCGGUAACGAGGUCAUGCAUAGAUUAAAUUUGCAAAAUGAAAUCGAAUUGUCAAAAGCAGUGGACAUUCAAUCUGACUUCAAUUUUCCUUUACGUUAUCGUUCUCCUAAGGAGCAAUGUUUUCAAAUAGCGUUGUGAAUUACUUCUUCAAAUAACGAGUUCGACGGGUCAUGUACUCGGGCGAUACCCGAUCAAGCUCUUGCGCAAGUAAGUGUGGGGGAAAGUGAUCUAACGUAAUGUAUGUAAACGUAUCUGCGCUGUUCGUAAAUUAAAGAGGGCGCUGCUUGUCCGUCCGUUUUCAUUUGGCGAUCAUAGUGCACCAAGGUUUUAGACUGGAUCCCAGUUGGUUAAUACACUUUGGAAGGUUGAAGCCAUACGUUGGAUGGUGAGACCACGGACGUCAUAUGAAAAACAAAUCUGCAUGGCUUGCAAUGCUCUUGUAUCGUUGAAGCCAUCGGUGGCCAUCUUACCAUGCCCAAUACACUGGUGAUAUUUGGCUCGCAUAGCAAUGUAACCAUCGUCACCACGAACGAUUUAGUUAACUCUGGCGAGCAGGCCUUUGUAUUUCCUUUUUAUUAGACACGGUAAGAUGGUCUGCCAUUUAUCUGCUCUGCAAAGGGUCAACAGAGGGUGUACUUUCACAUUGCGACGAUGAUCGUAACGAGGCAACCUCGUUCUCAUGGGUACGAUCUUGCCGCGCCAUGUUGGUUCCUACCAUUCCUUGCGCGAUCUAACCCUGGUAUUGUAUAAUUUAAUAUUCCAUUAUUUGGGAUACAUGUAUUCAAAUUAGCACUUUAGUCAGUGUGUUUACGUGUGACGAAGAUUUACGUGUGCGUGACUUUCAAGAGAAUACGUGGUCGCGAGCGUGCAGCUUUUGAAAUACG